CUCAUGAAGUGAGAUCGGGAGCAAACCCAGCCCUGAAGGCAGAAGCAGGACGGCGUCUGGGGAGGGAAUGAGUUAAACUGAAGGGUAGGGAGCCGGAGCUAGACGUGUAGUGGGCUAGGUGACCGAGAGGUGCUAAGCAUGGGUCAGAGGUGGGAGGUGUGAAAGAUCGAGAGAGAUAGAGGGGAGGGCUGGGACAGGAAAGUGCGUGUGACAGAGUGAGAGGAUGCUCCUUGCUAGAAGAUGGACGAGACGGUUGUAAAACAGGGAUUAUUGUACCUCCAGCAGCAGCAAACCUUCGGGAAGAAAUGGAGGAAGUUCUGGGCAGUGCUGUACCGGGAGAGUGCCUGCUCCUGCGCCCACCUGGAGCUCUUCGAGGGCUCCGGGCCUCCCACUUCCGAGAAGCCCAAGAAGGCUGAAAGUGGCAAGAAGCUCAUCAAGUUGAGUAACUGUGUGCAUGUGGCUCAGGCUAAUGGGGACACCAGCAGCCCCAAGGAGACUGUCCCCUUCAUUCUGGAGACCACGGACAAGCGCUACUUGCUGGCAGCUGAAAGCACCGAGGUGGCCAACUGGGUCCUCACCCUCUGCGAUCUGGCCUUCGCGAGGAGCAGGGAGGAACGGAAGGCAGCAGUGGGGAAGGACAGCCACCCGGUCUCGCUAUCCAUGGAGGAGAACUCCCUGUACAGCUCCAGGGCCAAAGCCGCAGCCACUAAGGAGUUCCAAGUGACCGUGAGGGCCACGGAGGCCACCGAGCGCUGCCGCCUCUGGGGCAGCUUCAUCCUCCGAGCUGAGAAUGAGGCCCUGGAGCUUCAGGACCUGCAGACGGGGGGCGUACUUUAUACCUGGCCUUAUAAGUUCCUGCGGAGAUUUGGACGGGAUAAGGUGACCUUCUCCUUCGAAGCUGGUCGAAGAUGUGCCUCUGGAGAAGGCAACUUUGAGUUUGAGACCACACAGGGCAACGAGAUCUUCCAGGUCAUUGAGUCAGCCAUCAACGUGCAGAGGGGCCUUGGGGCAGAUGAGCCGCGGUGGGUUGGCCCUGCUGACGAUGCCCUCAGGGUUCCUGUUCCUGUGAGGACCGUGAGCCGAGCCAGGGAUGGUGAGGAGAGGGUCUCAACUGGGGGGUCCCUGCUGCACCACAUGGCCAGCACCAAAUGCCUCUCCCUGGAGUCUAGCUUGGAGGGGAAGCCAGCCAAAGGCAAAUCAGUGAAGCCCACCAACAGCUUCCCCUUAUCCGGGGAGCCCACAAGCAGCUUCAUCUCCCCUGCUGACUCCGAGUUGCCCUACGCGGAGCCACGUGACUCCCUACGGCUGCCCCCGCAGGGCAGAGCCAAGACCCUGCAGCAGGCGAGGAAGGCGGUGGCUCAGGCAAAAGAGGUACCUGAGUCCGAAUAUGCUGUGCCCUUCGACACCAUCGCCAAGUCCCUGAUGGCCACAGAGUUUGGCAGCUUUCUCUGCGGCUUUGAGGAGCCAGAGGUCCCAUACCCGCUGUAUGACAGCAUAGAUGAAGCGGGCGUGAGGAAGCGGAGCCAGCCACCCACUCAGACCAAGCCAGAGCACAUUUAUGAUGAGCCUGAGGGCCUGUCUGCCCACACUGUGUACGAUGAGCCCGAGGAGGUCAAAGGGGAGGCCUGGAAGCUGCAGGCCACUGCAGAGGACCCAGUGGGUCAUGAGUACCCCUACAACCCUCAGCGGGAUGACUACUCUGUGCCCAAGAUGGCCGUGCCCACCCUGCACCCGCUCGCUGGGAAAGGGGGAGACUGGACUGGGGAAACCGAAUACGACAAUGUGGCCCUGAGGUUCAUGAACAAGAAGAAGAAUGUGCAGUAAAAGGGAGGAGAGGGAAGAGGAGAGAGAACAAGAGAAAGGACUUUCUGUGCGGCCAUUCCACUUGGCCCCGGGUUGUGCCAUCUCUCUAGCCCUGGAGAUGGCUGGAGUGGACAUUUCCAAGAGCCUUUGCUCUUCAGCUGUCCCUUACAGUGAAAGCUGAGUCUGUCAAACUCAUCUCACUAGUGACUGAAAGCCUGUUCGGGCCUGGCUGUCCAGCAGUGGGGAACGAUAGAAUCCAAGUGCCCUCUCCCUUAGCCUAGACUGUAUAGAUUUAGGGCAGGGUCAUGCAUUGCUGUAUAGUGUGUACGGCACUCAGCAUGGUGAUGGCAGUUAAUAUACAGAGUACUAAUAAUGCUGUCCCAAAGGGUCUGGGUUACUCUCCCCUCCCUAGAAGAUAUUCCUGGGCAUCUCUAUUAAAAACGGCAUUUAAACCGGCUGCUAGAGUGGUCUGCGGCUUCUUUCCCCAUUACAUCUGUUUCUCUGGUCCAGCAUUACCGGUGGUGGAUCCUUCGUUUCUUCAUGUCAUCAAAUCCAGACUGGAUGCCGUUCUGGAAGUUAUGCUCUAGUCCAACACGAGUUACGGGGAUCAAUGCAGGGAUAACUGGGGGAAAUGUAACUGCCUGUGGUAUCGCAGAGUUCAGGGAUGAUCUAAGGGGCCCUUGCGAAUCUAUGAACCUUCCUUCCCCAGCACAGCUGAUCCCAUCUUCCUGUGACCUGUGCUGCAUCCUAGUGAGCUCACGGGAGGAGAUGAAAGCUUAGGGCCGAGCAGGAGAUUCAGGUGGCCGAAGAAGUGGGACAUCAAGCUGAGACAGUGGUUCGGGCAGGAUAGCCCACAGGUGACACUGGCCACGCUGGAGCGGGGCAGGUGUGAUAUUGGUCUCUGUGGAGCAAUUUCAAUAGCACAUCUCACAGGCAGGCAGCUUGGUUGGGACUCUGGCUCAGGUGAAGCGGGCCAGCCAGGCCAACUCUACCUGUUCACUGACAGCUGGGGAGGGGGCAGAUGCGGUGGCAGCAAUAGGGCCACUCUGGCGAGUCACUGGCCCAGGUGGUGCCAGGCAUAAUUCAUCUGUGACAUUACAACUGUGCACCGGAUAGCCAGCUGCCCCAGGGGGUGCAUUCCCACUGCCCCUCUCCCUGGAGGGUGCAUCCCCAAAUCAGACUGUAUCACUGCCUCUGAAAGGGGAGAGCCAGGCAAAGCAAACCUGCCCGGGCUUUGGCGCUAAUCCCACCGUCUUCAACCCACCUCGGCCCAGGAGCAUCUAAACUGUAGGUUUAUUUCUGAGCUGGCAGCAUAUGGGCAGCCAGCCUGCCUCUCUCCCACUGGAGGGCAGUGUUGGCCCAUGGUACGAUGCUCAGCCCAGGUCUCUAGCGCCAUUGGAAAGGGGAACCGGGCUGAAACUGCCUCUGCAGCAGGGUUUCAGAUAACAUGAUUAAACAUGAGGUUCUGAAAAAGAACAUGCAGGAGAAAAGAAAGGAGGGAGGGGGGAAAAUCCGUGAAACCUGAUUGGAAUGGAUAUUUCUGUUCCGUUUAAAAGGGCAGCAUGGGUCAAUAGUGCUGGGUCCGUGGGUGAGAAGAGCAUUAGUGGUCAGCAGCCAAUGCAGCUCAGUGCAGGUGCGACCCAAGGCCCUGGAUGUGGGCUGGUGGGGAUGGCCCACCGCAGGCUGGAGCUCCGGGUCUGACCCCGUCUCCAUAAUGGGCUGAUUAGUAGGGGGAAAUGGUGAUAGAGACAAAGGUAGGAUUGAGGAGUGAAAACCUCGUCUAGUUUAAGGCCCUAUGGGAGGGGGACCAGAAGAGAGCGAGGGAAUGGGAGCGUGCCAGGAAACAAACAGAAAGGGAGCAGGAAUGUGCCCAGACACUGCUGUUUUUUCCCCAAAAGCUCCACCUGAGAAGCAGCAUCUCUACCCCAACUCCCUUGCCAAUGCCAAGCAGCCAGACAGAGACCUCACACCUUGGCUAAGGUCAGACAUGCCCACUUCCAGGGUUUGGCUUUCUGGUGAUCUCAAAUUGCAACCCAACAUAAACCUUGCACACAGAUGUCCCCUCAAGCCCAGCUAGUCCUAUGGGCCCCUGCAUUUACCCCUGGUUUGCUCUGAGCAGAAGGUCCCACCCACUCUCCUAUACACUGGUGGAGGUAACAAAGCGCACCUGGCACCAUGACCCAGCAGGAUUGUGCAGGUUUCUAACACCUGCGAACAGGGGGCAUCAACAGAAAAGCUCCCCAGCCUUAUUGGAGCCUUCCACCCACAGCUCCCUCACCCUGGAGCAUGUGGUCUGUCUGUCUGUAGAGCACUCACAUGCCCAUUUUUAUUGGGAGCUGGGUGUGUACCAGCAAUCACAGAGUUAAAGAAACAUUGCUGAUAAGUGAUGUUUCAUAACUGACUUGGAAGCUCUGACCCCAUGAUAACACUUUGCUCUCGGAGCUGGAAAUGGAACCUAGACAUUCUACCUCCCAGACACUCCCUGCUCUAACCACUAGACCUCAAUCUCUCCUCCCCAAAGUGGAAAUAGAACCCUGGAAUCCUGACCCCCAUACCCCUCUCCAGCCCACUACUUUAAGCUCCCAUCUGCACCCCUUCUGAGCUAAGCACAGUUGCUGCCUCCACCUCCCCCCAAUAAAUUAAUGACAAAACAAUGGUUUUGAAGUCAACAGCGCUCAGAAUUGAUUGAAUUGUGUGUUCCCAGGGGACAUUUGCCUUCCUAUUUACACUCCAUUGUUUGUGUUUUUAACUCAGCUUUCCCCCGCCAGUUUGUUCUCUGAUCCUCUGCAAUUUUCUUUUUGUUUUUUUCCUAGUAAAGUUUUGGUUUGUUUGUCUGUUA